AGAGAACGUGUUACAACACGAUAAACAAGUACAAGCAGGCGCUAAACGUGACGAUGUCUACGCCCUCGAACUCACAGCUGGACGCCACGGCCGUGGAUAACUUCCGCGAAUACCUGAGGAUACCGUCGGUGCAGCCAAACAUUAAUUACGACGACUGCGUGUCGUUUUUACAAAAGCAAGCCAAGUCCCUCGACUUGCCGAUUAAGAUCUAUCAGGUAUAUCCCAAGAGACCGAUCGUGGUUCUUACGUGGGCAGGGACUGAACCAACGAAGCCGUCGAUUCUCCUCAACAGUCACAUGGAUGUUGUGCCAGUUUUCGAGGAAUAUUGGUCCUAUCCACCAUUCGACGCUCACAUGGACGAGAAGGGCAACAUCUACGCUCGCGGUAGCCAGGACAUGAAAUGCGUGGGUAUCCAAUACCUGGAGGCGAUUCGCAGACUGAAGCUGAACGGACAGCGUCUUUCACGCACCAUCCACAUAUCCUUCGUACCGGACGAGGAGAUCGGCGGCGUCCUCGGCAUGAAGGAUUUUGUGCACACCGCGGACUUCAAGUCCCUGAACGUUGGCUUCGCCUUGGAUGAAGGCGUAUCCUGUCCGCAAGAUCAGUUCUACAUGUUCAACGGCGAGAGAUCGAUCUGGCACCUGGUGAUACAUUGCGUCGGUAACACCGGCCAUGGCUCGAUCAUGAUGGAAAACACGGCUGCGGAGAAGCUAACGAAUAUAAUCAACCGCUUAAUGGAGUUGAGAGCGACCGAGAAGGCGAAACUGGCGGACUCUAAAAAAUACAAGUUAGGCGACGUGACGUCCGUGAAUCUUACGAAACUCAAUGGCGGUGUGCAGACCAACGUGAUACCCAGAGAGUUCACGGCUGUGUUCGACAUUCGUGUAGCAGACACUGUCGACCACGAAGAAUUUGAAGCAACCAUUAAACGUUGGUGCGAGGAGGCCGGGCCAGAUGUAACCUACUCUUUCGAGGAGAAGAAUCCUAAGGUCAAGAGUACGAAGUUGGACGAGUCCAAUCCUUUCUGGAUUGCGUUUAAAAAGAGCUGCGAUGAACAAGGUAUUGAGCUAGAGAUCGGCAUUUUCCCGGGAGGCACGGACUGUCGCUACGUGCGCUCGGUGGGCAUCCCCGCCUUAGGCUUCUCGCCGAUGAACAAGACCAAAAUACUUAUUCAUGAUCAUGACGAAUAUCUCAACAAGGAUAUAUUCCUGAAAGGAAUAGAGAUAUACACCAAAUUAAUACCAGCUGUGGCGAAUGUUUAAAAGCAUGGACAUGUUAGACAUUAAUGCUGCAAUAUUCUUAUUUCGGGUGUUUCUAAUCGAUUACUAAUAGUUCAUUACGCGUCACUUUUGCGAAUAUGAGCCAGUUGUUGCAACUACUUGACAAGUUAACUGAUAGUUAAAUCAUAUGUCUGUCUUUGUCUAAAUUGAAGGAAAAAC